CUCUAUUAGAGCAGUAAAAAAGUUAAAAAAUAGGUGCGAAAUAAACAUUUAGUUACUAAAAAUAUAUUAUCGUGUUUUGGAGGUAAUUUUAACAAUGGAGCUCUCCAGCAUUUUGCCAGCCCCAGUUCAGCCCGUUUGGGACCGUGACGACGAUAGAAGACAAAAAGCGGCCCUAUCCAAAUCUACAGCCGUGGUGAGUGCCCAAAGUAUAGCUCCACCAUAUGGACAGAGAAGAGGUUGGGUGCCUCGAGUGGUAACUGACUAUGGAGAUGGAGGGGCCUUCCCUGAAAUACACGUUGCCCAAUACCCCUUGGAAAUGGGGCGCAAGAACAAAGAAUCUACCUCCAAUGCUUUGGCAGUUCAAUUGGGGGCUGAUGGAAAAGUUAAAUACGAUGCUAUUGCACGUCAGGGACAUGCCAAAGAUAAAAUAGUGUACUCAAAGUUGUCCGAUUUGUUACCAGUAGAAGUUAUGGAUGAAAAUGAUCCUACUUUGGAAAAACCUGACCAAGAAGAAGUGGAUGAUAUCACUGAACGUACCAGACAGGCCUUAAUGAAGAUAACAAACUCCAAAAUAGCUGCUGCUAUGCCUGUUCGAUGUGCUGAUAAACAAGGACCUGCAGAAUUUAUAAGAUACACCCCAUCACAACAGGGGGCUGCUUUCAACUCAGGUGCCAAGCAAAGAGUAAUUCGUCUUGUUGAUGCUCAGGUAGAUCCCAUGGAACCUCCUAGAUUUAAGAUUAACAAGAAAAUACCCAGAGGGCCUCCAUCACCUCCAGCUCCUGUUCUGCACAGCCCCACCAGAAGAGUCACUGUAAAAGAACAAAAAGAGUGGAAAAUACCUCCUUGUAUAUCUAAUUGGAAGAAUGCUAAAGGUUUUACAGUUCCUUUGGACAAAAGGUUGGCUGCUGAUGGAAGAGGUCUUCAACAGCUUCAUAUCAACGAAAAUUUCGCUAAAUUAGCUGAAGCGUUGUAUAUUGCUGAUAGAAAAGCUAGAGAAGCUGUGGAGACGCGUGCACAGCUUGAAAAGAAACUUGCUCAGAAAGAGAAAGAACAAAAGGAGGAACAUUUGCGUCAACUUGCUCAGAAAGCUCGUGACGAAAGAGCUGGUAUUAAGGUUGGCAAUCCUGGUGGUCAUUCUAGAGGUGGGGAUGAUGAAGAGCAGGAACGUGAUAUGCUUAGGCAGGAUCGUCAUAAGGAAAGAGCCAGAGAUAGGAAUUUGGCUAGAGCAGCACCUGAUAAGAGGUCUAAGCUACAAAGGGAAAGAGAGAGGGAUAUUUCUGAACAAAUUGCUUUGGGAAUGCCUGCCAGAGGUGCUUCUUCCAGUGAAACACAGUUUGAUCAAAGACUGUUUGGUCAGGCUCAAGGCUUAGGUCAUGGUUAUGGGGAUGAUGAAGCCUAUAAUGUCUAUGAUAAACCCUGGAGGGAGGGUGGUUCAAUGGCAAAUCACUUAUACAGGCCAAGUAAAAAUGUUGACAAAGAAGUUUAUGGGGGUGAAGACCUGGAAAAAAUUGUUAAAACUAAUCGUUUUGUACCUGAUAAAGAAUUUAGUGGUACUGAUAGAUCAGCAGCAAGAUCUGGGCCAGUUCAGUUUGAGAAAGAAGAGGAUCCAUUUGGUCUUGAUCAGUUCUUGAGUCAAGCCAAGAGGGCCAGCAAAAGGAAAGAACCUGAAAAGAGAGAUGAUAGAGAUAAAAGGAAAAGACGAGAUUAAAAUUUUGACGCAAUUACAUUUUUAAAAUUUUUAUUAUUUAAAGCAUUAUAUUUUAUUGGCUUCAAUUUUUGGUAAUUAUUUAAUAAUUAAGUACCACAAAAGUUAUUUUAUAACUAUCAUCUUUUUAAAAAAUG